GCGAUGCGACUCACUUGCUCCUCAAGUGCGCAUUAUAACACUCCACCCAUGUCUCGGCUUUCCUGGUUCCCCACUCGGCGCUGGCCCGCCUCGUCCCUGUUGCUGCUCCUGGUGGGUCUGCAGGCGGUCCACACGCUGACUUGUCCUCGGUGGGGAACGCCCGGAAAUCGGGGGCUUUUCCGGGAUGGAGAGAUUGUCAUCGGUGGUCUCUUUCACGUCCAUUACACGCCUCCGGCCAUGGACAACGACUUCACUGACGAGCCACGCUACAAAGAAUGCACCGUUUUAGAGCAUCUCCCAAUGCAGUACAUCUACGCCAUGGUGUUCGCCGUGGAGGAAAUCAACCGGAACCCCACCUUGUUGCCAGGCAUCCACCUGGGCUACCACAUCCGCGAUAGCUGCGCCUCGCACCCCUGGGCCACGCAGGCCGCCCUCUCACUGGUGAGCGGGGACAGCAGCAGCUGCAACCCCAAGGACAUCGCGGAAGAUUCCAAAGGUGUUCCCUUGAUCAUCGGUGGGGCUUCAUCCAAAACCGCCAUGGUCCUCUCCAGAGUCCUGAGUCCACUCUCUGUGCCUUUAAUGAGCUACCAGUCGAGCUGCCCUUGUUUGAGCGACAGGCGUCAGUUUCCCAACUUCUUCAGGACCAUCCCCAGCGACAUCUACCAAGCGCGGGCCAUCGCCAGUCUGGCUUUAUACUUCAAGUGGACCUGGAUCGGCGCGGUGGUCGCCAACGACGACUACGGUCUGGUGGCAGUGAAGUUGUUCCAGGAGGAGACCCAGGGGUCGGGGGUGUGUUUGGCCUUUUUAGAGACUCUAAAUAGGCCAAACAUUGCGAGCGAUGCCAGGAGAGCAGCCCUCGCCAUUAAAGCAUCGAGCGCCAAAGUGAUCCUUGUUUUUUCCUGGUACACGGAAGUGAGGGAGGUGUUUCUGCAACUGGCCCAGAUGAAUGUGACUGACAGGCAGUUUAUAGCCAGCGAGGCUUGGAGCACCAGUGGCAACCUUCUCCAAAAUCCCGUCACCUCAAAAGUGGCGAGCGGAGUCCUCGGCAUAGCCAUACGUAGCUCGCCAAUAUUGGGAUUCGAGAAUUACAUCCGGAGUCUGACCCCGUUCCGUCGCCCCGACGACGACUUCUUAACGGAAUUCUGGGAACAGGAAUUUGCCUGUCGAAUUCCCGACGUCUCGGCGUCAACACCGAGCGCAAACAUGUCCGACCCGAGGACUUCACUGCCCCUCUGCAGUGGGGAGGAGUCUCUGGAGGUGGUAGAUAACCUCUUUACCGACACCUCCCAGCUACGACAGGCCUAUAAUGUCUAUCUGGCUGUUUACGCCGCAGCUCACGCCAUUCACAACCGCCUGGCUUGCCCCGCCACUCCCUCCAGGGACCGCAGCUCCACCUGUUCCUCCACCAAGGAUGUCAAACCUGCUGAGCUGCUGCAGCACUUAAACGAGGUCAACUUCACCACGCCGCAGGGAGAAAGGCUUUAUUUCCAAGGGGGCGACGUACCGCCUAAAUACGACCUCGUCAAUUGGCAGAAAACCCCCGAAGGCUCCCUGAAACUGGUCCUGAUCGGCCACGUGGACGGACACGACGUCCAUCUGAAUGACACGGCUGUCCAGUGGAGCUCAGGAUCCCUUCAGGUGCCUUCUUCGGUGUGCAGUGAGAGCUGCCCUCCUGGCACCAGAGUGGCCAGCAGGAAAGGAGAACCUAUUUGCUGCUUUGACUGCAUCCAAUGUGCUGAUGGGGAGAUAAGCAAUACAACCGGGUCAUCCAACUGUGAACGCUGUCCAGUGGAGACUUGGUCCAAUGUGGAGAGGACAGCCUGCAUCCCUCGCCAGCUGGACUUCCUGUCCUUCAACGAGACUUUGGGCAUCACCCUGACUACUGUAGCCGUGUCGGGCACCAUGGCGACCACUGCUGUCUUUGUGGUAUUUCUCUACUACAGACACACACCUGUGGUCCGAGCCAACAAUUGCGAGCUGAGCUUCCUGCUCCUCUUGUCCCUGGAACUCUGCUUCCUGUGCUCGCUGCUCUUCAUCGGGCGUCCAUCAGCCUGGGCUUGUCGCUUCCAGCAGGCUGCCUUUGGCAUCAGUUUUGUCCUCAGUGUGUCCUGCCUCCAAGUGAAAACCAUUGUGGUUCUGGCAGCGUUCCGCUCAGCCCGUCCCGGCUCCGGAGCCCUGAUGAAGUGGUUCGGUCCGGGCCAGCAGAGAGGGAGCGUGUGCGUGUUCACUUGCAUACAGAUCAUCAUCUGCAUUAUUUGGCUAUCACUCAGCCCCCCCGAACCUAGACCAGACUUCGAUACCCCCGGGUUAAAGGUGACUCUCAAGUGUGCCAUGGACUCUGUGGUGGGGUUCUCCCUGGUUCUGGGCUACAUCGGCCUGCUGGCUUGCACCUGCCUCCUCCUGGCCUUCCUCGCAAGGAAACUUCCGGACAACUUCAACGAGGCCAAGCUGAUCACCUUCAGCAUGCUCAUCUUCUGCGCCGUCUGGGUGGCGUUUGUUCCCGCCUACGUCAGCUCGCCCGGGAAGUACGCCGUCGCCGUGGAGAUCUUUGCGAUUCUUGCCUCCAGUUACGGCUUGCUAUUCUGUAUUUUUGCACCAAAGUGUUUUAUCAUUCUUUUGAGGCCUGAGAAAAAUACCAAGAAACACAUGAUGGCCAGGUAGCAAAUGAGCUUUGUAUGACCAAAAUAUAUAUUUUUUUCUUAUUAUGUGGUAGUUUGUGAUGUGAUAAGAUGUUUUGGACCCAAUACUGCCUGAUACAUUAUUUGUUUGUGUACACAAAUGUGUUACUGUCCAUAUGAAAAACAGAAAUAAAUACACAUGGAUAACAUUAUCUUAUUUUAAUAUACAGUGUGUAUAUUUUUAGGCUGUUAUAGGUACAUCCAACCAAAUAAAGGUUAUGUUAUUGUUCUA